AUGGGCCUGCCCAUACGAACGCCCAGCGCCAGAAGGGGGGUGCGGGGCGCCAGGUCGCUCACGGGCGACCUACGGCGAGAUUCCCCGUCCGCGGCGGCCGACAGAGGUGCCACCGCUCGGGUACGGCGUGCGUUCUCCGUUUACCCGUCGAGCCCUCGCCACUCCUUCUAUCCGGCCGGCUUCGCGCUGCCGCUCGCUACCGUGCAGCAGAGCGUAGCGGCGGUUUCCCCCACGAGCUCCCCCUCGCGCACGAGCGGGGCUUUCGCAGCUCCGGCGACCGACGCGGACAACGCGGGCGAGCGGCUCUGUGGUGGGAAUUCAGAACGACCCGCGUCCUUCCGAAUCAGCAGAAUUGGGAACGACGUGAAGCAAUACAGUGUUAAGCCACAUCCAGUACAAGAGGGAAGAAAAAGCAAAAUGUUCAAAGUAUCAGAUCUUCAGCACCGUGUCCGUUGAGAACUUAAACAUCUUCAUCGCUGCCUGCUU